AUGCCAUUAAGCUACAUCAAGACCCCAAGACAGCCACAGAAAUCAAAAGGCGCAAGGACUCGCUUCUCAGAGGACAGCCCAAGCCAUACAGUCAGCUCGCAUUGUUUAGCCCGUAUACAACACCCUUCAAAAUGCAAGAGCAUGUCAAGUCUAUGCAUCAAGCCCUCCCACACCUUAGUAGAAACUUCCAAAGGUCCAUCUUUUCCUGUGCAACUUUCAACUUCGGCCCCAACGUACAGACCUUUGCACACCGAGACACCUUGA